ACGUCACGGCGGGCGGAAGUCACGGGCGCUGUUUUGAAAUCGGGCCGCUGUUGUCUCACAAGUUCCUGCACACGCCGAGAUCCGCAGCAACCCAACGCCCGGCAGACCCCUGAAACCCCUUCUCCGGCUCCGCCGGCCUGAGGCCACAGCUGCGCCAUGUCCACCCCUCCGUUGGCGGCGUCAGGGAUGGCGCCGGGGCCCUUUGCCGGGCCCCAGGCUCAGCAGGCCGCCCGGGAGGUCAACACCGCCUCGCUCUGCCGGAUCGGGCAAGAGACAGUCCAGGACAUCGUGUACCGCACCAUGGAGAUCUUCCAGCUCUUGAGGAACAUGCAGCUGCCAAAUGGUGUCACGUACCAUACUGGAACAUAUCAAGAUCGGUUAACAAAGCUCCAGGAUCAUCUUCGCCAACUUUCCAUUCUCUUCCGGAAGCUGAGACUGGUGUAUGACAAAUGCAAUGAGAACUGUGGAGGGAUGGACCCCAUUCCAGCAGAGCAACUUAUUCCAUAUGUGGAAGAAGAUGGCUCAAAGAAUGAUGAUCGGGCUGGCCCAGCUCGUUUUGCUAGUGAAGAGAGGCGAGAAAUUGCUGAAGUUAAUAAAAAACUCAAACAGAAGAAUCAACAGCUGAAGCAAAUUAUGGAUCAAUUACGAAAUCUCAUCUGGGAUAUAAAUGCCAUGUUGGCAAUGAGGAACUAAACUGAUAUUUAAAUUUCUUGCUUUACACAUGUUAUACCAUUUUUUUCCCUCAAGUAUUUUUUUCCCUUUGAAGUUUAUUUAUCUGUUUGUAUUCUAGUCACUAGGAUUAAAGUUCCUAUUUUUACGUGGUUUUACAUUAAAAUAUUCAUUGGCAAGUUUUUUUUAAGCUCUUGAUUCUAUGAAAGAUUACUGCAAUAAACUUUGAUAAGGUUUGUGUUUUGCUUAAUCUUCAUGAACUGAAUAAUUGUUUUAUAAAAGCAAAAUAAGUUUUGCAAAUAAAUUUUUAAAUUUCA